AUGGUGUUACUUUUUGGCCCAGAAUCUAAUCCCGGUUUACUCAAAGUACGAGGAUUAAGACUGGUUACAGGAGCUUUCCGGACUAGCCCAGUAAGUAGUAUAUGCACAGAAACCGGGGUGUUACCUCACGGCGAAAAAAGAAUUCAGUUAAUACUGAACUACUGUGCCAAUAUCUGGGCAAGAAAAGAGCACUUUUUAUAUAAAGUGCUGUACGAUCCAGCCUGCGAGGAGGAAUACAUCAUGCUAAGAACCGUACUAGGCCAUCAGGAUGAAGGAGAUACUGGCCUGCAGGAGAGUACAAUUCCUAAAGUUAAGGAAAUCAAAGAAUCCAAGAAGGAACCUUGGAUGCUCUCCUCAAUUCCUAUACGGGUAGAUAUGGCGGAAUUGAAGAAAGAGACCCCCCCCCCAUAUGUAUUCAAAGCUAAAUUCCUGGCCCUCAAAGAGGAAUACAGUGAAGGAACCUUCAUUUAUACAGACGGUUCGAGGGUCAGUGAGGGGGUCGGCAGCGCAGUAUGCUGGGAAAAAUACGCUAAAACAAUUCCUCUCCCAAAGGCUGCAAGUAUCUUUACCGCAGAGUUGACCGCCAUAUCAUCCGCGCUGAGUGAAACUGAACACAUUGGGUGCAACCAAUAUGUCAUAUGCACCGACUCACUCAGUGUGGUCUUAGCCAUCCGUAAUAUCUUCACCAUGGACCCACUAAUCCAGGCGAUACAAGAGAAAAUCAGACAAAUGCACGAACAAAGAAAAGAGGUAGUUAUUGCCUGGAUACCGGGCCAUGUAGGCAUAGAAGGUAAUGAAAAUGCCGAUCAAGCUGCCAAAGGAGCAGCGAUAAUGCCACAUGACCCGGAAACUCCCGUCCCUCCUCCUCAUCGUCGAAGGAACCACCAUAAGAGACAUAACACAUAA